CUUGUUUGCUGCCGUCCCCUUGUGGCGCCGAGUGCAAUUUCAGGGCGCCGCCCGCGUCGGCCUCGAUGGACGUUUCAACACACACCUCCAUCCGUUGCCAGCGCAAGCACAGAGAUGAUCUCAUCUCGUCUCCUCGUCAUCCAUCUCCUCGUCUCUGUUGCUCUGUUGUCCAUUGCUGAUUGACGUGGUGAAAGCCACCGACCGACUGGCCGAGUGCCGCUGCCAGGUCCCUCCCAGCCUGUCCCCACCGCACUUCGUCAUGGCCACGCACAAAUCACAUUUCCUUGCGUGGUACUGCCUGCCUGCUCCAUCGCCCAGUCUGCUCUGCUUGCGAAUCUCCGCCACGAAAUGAAGUGUCGUGAACGGCUUGACGUGAAAUGCCUACAUACUCCCGUGCACGCCAAUCACGCUCCUGCACCUCGCGCAUCCUGCCCACAAGUCCGUCGUGGCAUUUCUGAGAAUGUUCAAUUUGACGACGCUACCAAAACAGCAGUAGUUGAUGCACCCAAGACGAACGACAAGACACCCAACUCUGUCCGCCCACACCCGCACACGCACUUCUACAAGCCUGGAGCGCCGUGGGUCCCGCGCUCACAUGCCGCCCCCAAAGAAUGCCGAUCGCCUCCCUCUCCUUCCUGUUUCCGUGCCUGCUCCAUCUUCGCCAUCCUCAACGUUACAUUUUGCUGUCCAACUGUGUCUUGCGUGAGAGCAAUCUAG